CCUUGGCUUCCAUCCAUGCAAAUAAACCACUGGGAUCAUAGUUCAUAAUUUGCUUCUCUCUUCAUUCAUCUCCUUUGCCGCUUGGAGGCUUCGUGUUUCUCUUUUGCUUCUUCUCUGUGGCUAUUACUUCUUCCUGCAGUGACACCGUCCUUCCACUAGGACUUCCCAAGACGCUUUCUCCUCCGCCGCCGCUCUGCCUUACCCGAGCACAAUGAAAGCCUGUGUGUACCCGUAACCCCCGUGCAGUGAGCCAGUGUCAGCAAAGCAGCUAACAACAGACAAGAAAGAGAAAGGGAUAUUACAAGGUACUUUUCACUUAUCAAGCCGGGGAAUCCAACAGAGUCAUCGCUGAUAAUUGCACCACAAGCACCUAGACCCACUGUUUGGGGGAUGGAAUAUGCAAAAACACAAAAGAAAAUCAGUGGACUACUCUGGGUGCGAAAUGCUGGAAGUUUAGGCGCUACAAUAUUAGCAGCAGACAGUUGGAGACAGCAAUAAAACAAGAAGACUGGAGAGCAAAGAGAGAGAGAGACGAGAAAACACAAAGACUUAACUCAUCUGAACCUCCUCCUCCUCCCGCCCCUUUAUCUGCACGUUUACUGAAGGCUUAUAAAAAAAAUCCUCUCGACCAAAUUAAACCAAACCAAAACAAGGGAAAGUCUUUGAGUUCCUCCUGCGCCCCAUCACUGCAAUUUUCUUCCUCUGGAGAAAUUUCCCCAUAAAGAAUCUCUCCCUCCUCCCCAAAAUUAAAUAAAUAAAGCCGCCAAGUUUCACUCAUUUGGGAGGGAGAGUCCCUCCGUCUGGGGGACUGGUUCUUUUUUAAGGCAGUGGCUUGGUGGUUUGAUUUGUUUUUAUUAUUCCCCUUUAGAAAGGUCUCACCCCCAAGCCCCCCUGGAUUUUUGCUGUGUUCACCCAUGAGCCCAUCGCCCUCCCCCUUGUUCUAAUUUGUGUUUAUCUCCCUCCUUCAAAUGGUUCUCUGCAGUCUUGGGACGCAAACCGCCCAUCAUCUUUAAUUCUAUGUUGGCAAAUACCUAGCGAUCGCGGGUCAGUCCCAUCCCGCCCCCAUCCCAACUCCUCCAGAGAGGUCAAGCCCGAUUGCUAAGGGGUGGGGGUGGGGGAGGCUGAUCGAGAUUUGGGGACUGCCUGGCCCGGGCCCCCUUCUCCCCCCCAGCCAGCCCAUCCCUCCCUCCCCGUCCCCAUCCAUGUGGCAGUGAGAACAGAGCUCAGCGUUGUCAGGGGCAGCAUCGCAGGCGCUACCCAGUCGCAGCAGCGAGCAGCAGCGUGGCCGGCAGGAUGGGGGACACGGCUCCCCCCCAGGCCCCGGAUCUCGGGGCCGGUCUCCUGGGAGGGGGCUCGGUGGCCCCCCGGGUGCACAGCGCCAUCGUGGAGCGGCUGCGAGCCCGCAUCGCCGUCUGCCGCCAGCACCACCAGAGCUGCGAGGGACGCUACGAGCGGGGCCGGGCGGAGAGCUCGGACCGCGAGCGGGAGAGCACCCUGCAGCUGCUGAACCUGGUGCAGCACGGCCAGGGGGCCAGGAAGAGCGGCAAGCACAGCAAGGGGGCGGGCAGCGCCGGCCCGGCGCCCCCUGCCGCGCCGCCGGACUAUCACCCGCAGCUGCUCAGCAACGGGGCUGCUGGGGGCAGGAGUGGGAUCAACGGGGAGCAGCAGCAGCCGGGCUCCGCGGCCGACGGGGGGCAGAGGAACUCGGCCCUCAUUGCGCUCCAGGGCUCCUUGAAGAGGAAGUUGGUGGUAAAUCUAUCACCUGUUAACAACAAGAGACCCAAUGGUAUUUCAGAUAACUCUUUCCUUGAUAUUAAGAGGAUACGAGUGGGUGAUAAUCUUUCUAUGGGACAAGGCGGACAUGUUAACAAUUGCCAAAGCCAGUCAAUGUCAGGAACCUUGUCUGUGGGGCAAGGAUCACAAAGAAAGACCAGCAACCUAACAAACAGUACCCACUCUAGUGGGCAUAUAUUUAAUAUGCCUUUGAAAGAGGUCAAGAAAGAACCAGGAGAAACCAUAUCUUGCAGCAAACACCUGGAUGAUCAGAUGUCCCAUGAAAACAUUUUCCCUAACAGAUAUGGGGAAGAUACAGGGGAACAGAUGAUGGACCCAGAGCUUCAGGAGCUGUUUAAUGAACUGACUAACAUAUCGGUGCCACCAAUGAGUGACCUUGAACUAGAAAAUAUGAUAAAUGCCACCAUAAAACAAGAUGAGCCGUUUAACAUUGAUCUUGGACAGCAAAACCAGAGAGGCGCUGCUAGAUCUUCUCUGCAGAUGGAGAAAAUAGUGAUAAAGAGUGAAUAUUCACCAGGCUUGAAUCAGGCACCUGUGGGCUCCCCUCAAAUGAGGCCUUCUUCUACAGGACCAGCCUUCACUAUGUCCAGCGCUGCCAUGUCCACCUCUUCACCAAUCCCUUCGGUGCCUCAGAAUCAAGCACAGUCGUCGCAGGUCUCUUCUGUAUCAAAUCGAUCAUUGACUAACUGGCAAGAAGUAUCUCACGCCCAGCAGCUAAAACAAAUAGCAGCCAACCGACAACAGCAUGCCUUGAUUCAGCAGCAGCAGCAGCAGCAAAACCAGCCAUCCAGCUGGCCCACCUUGUCCCCAUCAGGCCCUUCCCCAGGACAAUUCGUACAAGAGAAAAUUCCCAGCCCUUCCUUUCGUCAGCAGCAGUUUAGCCCCCAAAGCUCAGCCAUGCCUGGGGUACCUGUCAAUGGGAAUCAGUCCAAAGCGAUGAAUAACUACAUCUAUAAACCAAACGCCACAACCCAGAGCAGCCCCAUUGACAUCGUAAUGCAACCAAAGCCUCAGGAUCUCAAUAGAAACUUUAUAAACAACACUCAAUCACCACUAGAGCAGCAUCAUGGCAACACAAAACCUUUGUGUCAUUUUAACUCAGAGCAAACUAACCAGCAGAUGCCUUCAGUUUUGGGAUCCCAAAGCAAGCCUUCUAUUCUGCAUUAUCCUCAGCAGCUACAGAGCCCUGUUGCAGUGCAACAGCAACAGCAGCAACCUACUCAACCUCUCCAAAACCAGCCUCUUCAAAGGCCACCAAACGUAUCCUUAGCAUUGCAGCAGAAGAUGAUACUUCAGAAAAUGCAGCAAAGCCAACAAAUCUCAGGACUGCAGUAUCCCGUCUCUCAACAGCACAGACAGGAUCAACACUCUGUGAUAGGCCAAGGUACAGGCCCCAGUCCAAGUUCCAGUACUUGCUCAAAUCCAAACACUGGAAGUGGUUACAUGAACUCAUCCCAGCAAUCAGCGUUGAAUCAGCAACUGAUGGAAAAGAAACAGGCGUUGCAGAGGCAGAUGAUGGAGCAAAAGCAGCAGCUCCUUCUACAGCAGCAGAUGUUGGCAGAAACAGAGAAAAUCGCUCCUCAAGAUCAGUUGAACAGACACUUGACGAGGCCACCACCAGAUUACAAAGACCAGAGAAGGAAUGUGGUCAGCAUGCAACAAGCAAACCAGUAUUCUGGUGGUUCUCCGGGAGUGAGUAUGAGCUCCAAUCUGACUUUGUCAAAUCCUAUUUCAACUCAUAGCAUUUUGUCACAGAAUUCUAGCCUUUUGUCAACUCCCCAUGGAACCAGAAUGCCUUCUAUUCCAGCAGCCCGGAACAUGGGCUGUUACGGAAACAUUCCUUGCAAUCCACCAAGCUCAUACAAUGUGACGUCAGGAAUGAGCCAAGUGCAGCAACACAGAAACCAAAACCAAAUCAUAACCAGUCAAAAUAACCUCAUGAUGUCUCGCCAGCCAGCCCUGGCACAAGGAAACAACGUAACAGCUUUUGGGACUGGGUCAGCGGUUAACUCUCAGCAAGUGAGAGCAGGUUUAAACCAUGGAGCGACAGGUAUCCCAGCACAAAGACCAUCGAAUGUGAUGAUCACUUCCAGUGCUGCUGCUCAGAACUGGGCCCCUCAAGAGGCAGCAACGAAGCAGCAGGAUACACUGAAACCUACAGGAGUUCGUUUCCCGACGAGCACUCCAUAUCCUAACCUGUCUUUGCAGCGCUCCAUAGGCAACCCGCAGUUUCCUCAGCAUGCUAUGGCACCUCCAAACCAAUUAACAACAGCAGCGCAAAUGAGACCUCCUCUAAACCAAAUGAACCAAACAAUAAAUGGACAACCUGUUGGAUCACUAAGAGGUUUAAGUGUAGGAGCUAACCAGAUCAGAGCACAGACUGUGCCUAACGUGAAUCACCCAGGAACAAGUAUGACACCACCAUCAUCCCUGCCGUCAACCAGUUUUACAUCUACCAACCAAAACUCUAGGGCUUACCAAGGAACUGACCAUGGGAAUGACUUAGCCUUUGACUUUCUUAACCAGCAUGGUGACAAUAUAGGGCCUGCACUCAACAGUGAUUCAGACUUUAUAGACUCUUUAUUGAAAACAGAGCCUGGUAAUGAUGACUGGAUGAAAGAAAUCAACCUUGAUGAAAUCUUGGGGAACCACUCAUAAGAGACAAUGCUGAUGAUAAAACAUACAUGCUCUAAGUACUAGGAGGCAGGAUUGACUAUAGCUCUCUCUUUAAAGUUCCAACAAUCUUCUUUAUUAAUUUACUCUCCAGUGGUUGGGCUGUCUAAAAACCAAUGGUUUAAAAUAAGGAUCCAAGUGGAGAGAUUGCUUUAUUUGAAGAGAUUGUCUAAGAACAAAAUCUGAUUCUAAAUCUUACCCCAGAUAAAGUAUAAUGUAGGGUGAUACUUAUACUUGUCAAGCUAAAAACAGAUGAGGGGGUUUGUGGCCAAUGCAUUAGAAGUGCACCCGUUGUUCUCAUGGGAGCUGUCUGCAUUUGGCUUAGGAUUGUGUAUUGCAUGCAUUCUGCAAACAGAGGUCCUGAACGGUGUGCAGAUCAUGAAACUUCAUGUCUCAGAUGCAAGUGGCCACCUCGCUAUGGGCUUGACUCCAUGCAGUCCGGAAUAAAUUGCUCAGUGCUCUCCACUCUCAUUGAGAGUACUCAGUGCCUCCCAAAAUCAGGCCUUCUGUACAACUAAUUCUUGUAUGUUAUAAAAAUUGUUUACUUCGACAUAGUAGAAACUCGCAUUUUUCCUUUCAAUUGAUUUCAUUUUAAACCACCUAACUUGUGUAGAAAAGGGCAAAUGGUUCCUUUCAAGGAAGGAGGAAAGUGGUUUGUGUGAGACACACCCCAGAGUGGUCACUAGCUCUUACUCUGUCUCCUGGGAUUUGGUUUGUUGUAACAAGGGAAGCUGUUUCUCCAAUAGGUAACAAGUUCGGUGUAGUUUCUGGUGUAAAUAUGCCAAAGUUCAAGGGCCAAAUUCUGCUCCUUUGCUCUCACAGAUGGUGCCAGUGACUUGAAUGAACAGCUUGAGUGAGAUAGAGGUGGAAGAUUUGGCUCCAAAAGAAUACUUCCCCUCUCUGUAUCUGAGUUCCACAUGUACCCAGCUAUUUGCUUCAUCCUUGCUCAAGCGCUGGGAUAUAUCUGCGUAUGGGAAGACUUCCAUUUUGAUUCAGUCUGACAACAUGCGGCGUGACUCCUGUGGAGAAUAUCCGUAGCUCUCUCAUUCACCCGGUCGAGGGAGUCAGAAGAGAGACACGCUUGAGCACUAAAAGUGCUGAUGACGGUUUGAUGGAUGCUCGCUGUGGGCCAGAUUCCGAUCCUUUACUCAGGUUGAGUCGUCCCUUGCUCUCUGAGUUGUCCCUCUGAAACCAGGAUGUACAGCUGAUGUAUUGAAAUCAAUGGGACUGCUUGCAGAGUGAGUACCCUUCAGCCAGAGUCAAGGUACCAGAAUCUGGCCCUACAAACUAGUUAAUUCACAGCCUGGUUAAAACAAUGGGGAAUCAGACUAACAUGGCUACCCCUCUGAAACCUGACAGCCUGGUUACUCUCCCAGUCACUCUCCUAGCAGGAGGAUGAGGGAAGGGAUUCUGCCGGCAAGGUGAGAAAGAUGUUGCUUGCGCUGAUGUGGUGAGGAUCCUUCAAGAGGUUGUCUGAGUCAGAUAAGGCUAGGGAAUAUAGAGCCCAUUUGCAGAUGCCUGGAGAUGACCAGAAACAUAUUGCUUCAAAAGGUAUCACUAUACCACCAUUACAGGUUUAAUUGAUCCAUCAUUUCUUUGUGGAGAAGUUCCUUCUUGAGGACUUCUGGCAUAUACACACAAGAGCAGCAGCUUCAGCACCCUUGGAGAGGGGGCAACAUGUUCCCACAAUGCACUUGCCCAGCUGUGCUGGCCAGGGCAGGUGGGGUCAGAGCCAUGGUCCUAUCCUUGCCUCUCCCCCUUUCAGACACCACGAAGGUGAAAUGGAGGUGGGUGAGGAGGAAACUUCUCUACACCCUCCCUGCUUUAUGUGCCUGUGCAGAGCCUGGCCAGAGUCUUACUCUGAGCAAUCAGGUAUGACUCCAGGAAGGAGAGCUGCUUUGGGAUGGUGGAGAGGGGAAGAUAUGCAUGGCACAAGAGGUGGUGAUGUCUGGAGGGAUUUAUCUCCAAGGAGACUCAGAUCAGCAGCCUCUUAGACACCUUUAGAAAAGGUACGUCAGCCUCCCAGUGAAGGGGGCCAGGGCUCUGACUACAUUUCUAACCCGCCCAGACACUCCCUUUCUGGAAUGUUCAGCACUGCCAGAACCAGGGGCGGCUCUAGGCACCAGCAAAACAAGCUGGUGCCUAGGGCGGCAAAAUGUAGGGGGCGUUCCC